UUUUUGAAAAUAGCAAAACCAAACAGAGUAUUAUUGUUCAGUUGGUCUCACAAGUUUGAAGCACUUGGUACAACUUCCAUCAGGACAUUAAUUAAAAGUCAUCCAAGGAUACCUAUGCUUGUCCUCUGCCUUUCAAAACAACUCUUCUUUCGCCAAUGUAAUUCUUUCAUGCUCAAAAUUCAAAUUCUCACCCCCCAACCCACCCUUUCCCUCCACUUCCUUGACCGUUACUUUACCCCCCAUUUUCUUCUCCAAGCCGUUAGAUUCCAUUCAGCCCAAUGCGUUUAUGAUUGCAAUGUCAAAAUUGGUGCUCUGUCACGCGCUGGCAAGGUUGAAUCUGCCCGCCAAUUGUUUGAUGAAAUGCCCACAAGAGAUGUCGUCUCGUGGAAUGCCAUGUUAACUGGGUACUGGCAGAAUGGGUACCUCCACGAAUCGAAGAAGUUGUUUGAUUUGAUGCCUGUGAGGAAUAUAGUUACUUGGAAUUCAAUGAUUGCAGGGUGUCUUGAGAAUGAGAGGAUAGGUGACGGUUUCGAGUAUUUUUGCACCAUGCCUGAAAGAAAUACUGCCUCGUGGAAUGUGAUGGUCUCGGGUUUUGUCAGGUGUGGUAGGAUAGAGGAAGCUGGUAGGCUCUUUGACGAAAUGCCGUGGAGGAAUGUGAUUUCUUACACUGCAAUGAUUGAUGGGUAUGCUCAAAACGGGGAGAUUGAGCGGGCGAGGGCUUUGUUUGACUGCAUGCCGCGUAAAAAUGCUGUUUCCUGGACUGUGAUGAUUAGUGGCUAUGUGGAGAAUGGGAGGUUUGAUGAGGCUAGGGAAUUGUUUGAUCAAAUGCCAAAUAAGAAUGUUGUUGCAACGACUGCUAUGAUCACAGGGUACUGUAAGGAGGGAAAGAUGGAAAAUGCAAGGAUUUUGUUCCAAGAAAUUCAGUCCAGGGAUCUCGUCUCUUAUAAUGCAAUGAUAACAGGUUGUGCACAAAAUGGGAGAGGUGAGGAGGCACUGAAGUUACUCAUACAAAUGCUUAGGAGGGGUAUGCAACCAGACCACUCCACUCUUGUUUCAGCUCUUACUGCUUGUUCAAGUCUUGCAUCACUAAAAGAAGGAAGACAAACACAUGUAAUCAUUCUUAAAAAUGGGUUUGACUCACAUGUCUCAGUAUGUAACGCUUUGGUUACCAUGUACAGCAAGUGUGGUGGCAUCUUUGACUCUGAGUUGGCUUUUGCACAUCUUGGGAAUCCAAACCUUGUUUCGUGGAACACCAUUAUUGCUGCUUUUGCACAGCAUGGCCUCUAUGGGAAAGCUCUUGCUUUUUUCAACAAUAUGAGAUUGGGUGGAUUUGAUCCGGACGGAAUAACAUUUCUUAGUUUAUUAUCUGCAUGUGGUCAUUCAGGGAUGGUGAAUGAGAGUUUGCACCGGUUUGAUUCAAUGAUAGAAAAUUACAAAAUUAGCCCUAGGCCUAAGCACUAUGCUUGUUUGGUCGAUUUACUGGGCCGAGCUGGUAAGUUGGAGAAGGCUUACAAGAUGAUCCACGAAAUGCCAUUUGAAGCAGAUUCAGGGGUUUGGGGUGCCCUUCUUGCGGGUUGUCGUGCUCAUUCCAAUGUAGAAUUAGGGCAAUUAGCUGCUGAAAAAAUUGUGGAAUUGGAUUGUCGGAAUUCUGGGGCUUUCAUAGUUUUGUCUAAUAUAUAUGCUGCUGCUGGGAUGUGGAAAGAAGUUAGGAGAGUGAGGGGUUUGAUGAAAGAGAAAGGAGUUAAAAAGCAACCGGCAUAUAGUUGGAUGGAGUUCGGGAAUAAAGUACAUUUUUUCUUGGGAGGAGAUGUUUCUCAUCCAAAUAUUGAGGAGAUUCAUUCAGAGCUCAAACGAAUUCGUUUACAAAUGAAGGCGUUGGAUGAUACGGCUGAAAUUGUUUCUAAAUGGAGCUGUUAUGGCUAAAAUUUUAUCUGCAGCAAUGUACAUGAUCUAGUUGAGGAAGAUAAAAUCACUCAGGGAAAGUUUAAAAUUCUUAUACAGGCAAUGCAGAGAUAAGAACUUCAGAUGAAGAAGGUGGUUGAAAAAGAGAACGCCUUACAUGCUUACCUGACCAGACGAAGCUGGAUGAGCGAUUACAGGUUUAAUUUUUAUGGUUUUGUUGUGGAGCAGAAUGAUGAUUGUUUUUUUCUUCAGAAAAUGGUUGCAAGUAAAGCGACAUGUUAGAUGGCAUACUUUAUGUUGUUGAUGUAAAAGGAGAUGUUCAAAUGGUUCAUUAUGCCAUGCAUUGAUAAAUUGAGGAGAUGAAAGAACUAUACAGGAGGAGAUCCAAACUGUGUUAUGAAUGGCUUUCGCAGUAUGUAAUUUCGGUGAUGAACAUUUAGAAAUAUGAGACAAAUGUAGUCAAUUUUUUUUUUUUUUUGAAAUUUAUGAAAAGUUCAGGUGGGUUAGACUU